AUGGCGUCAACUUCCGAUGUGCACGGUUCCUCUCCCGUUCCGACGAUGCCCCAACCAAAUGACAACGGCCGCGCACACAUGUCCUCCCUUUCCUCAUCGUCUUCUAUCUCCGACGCAGAAACCGAACGCCGCGGUCGUUCUGAACGUCCACGUAUGGCCAGUCGGAAACCCAGUGCCUCCAUACUAGUUCCACGAGACCAUCCUGAAAUUGAAAUUGAAGAAGAAGAAUUUCCCCCGGAUGACGCACGUGCGAUGAGUCCCCGACGUAACUCUGCUGAUCUGGAGCGGCUGGGAAAGGAGGCCAGGCAGACCUUGCAGGAACAAGCAAAGGCGCUGCAGUCGUCCCUUCAAGCACUCGCCGAACGUAUUGAAGCAGUGAAAUCGGACCACGACAAACUCGAAAGUGAAAACAAAUUCUUGCAGGACUACAUUGGUGGAUUGACCCGAAACAUGACCAAGAGUGAAAUGACGAGAUCCAGCACCAAGGUCAGAAAGUCGCAAAAAUAGACGCGACGCCCUUCAACAUCCCGGUCGGUAGAGCCCAUGGGCACGGCUGGCGAUGUCUCCGCUUGUAUAGCGAAAACCAAAGAACUGUACGAGAUACGUCUCCGCCAUGGUUCGAUUGUACAUUUCGGCAACUACGCAUAUCACAUUUUUGGGUCUCCCUUGGCGACACGUUCUUUGGACUGGUUGUUGGAGCACCAUCCAUUCUGCGGACGAUCACACACCGCACUAUAAUACGUAUCAACAUUACGAGAGGAAUCGAUUUUUGACUGCAUGUCGUGCGGCGGGGUCGGAAUGGCAACGGCGCAUAUCCGGGAGCCACUCGUGCUACAUUUGGCGUCAAACGAAUGUCAUUUGUCACCAGUUAAUAUUCUGAUUUGCUACUUCCGUAGCGGACGUAUCGCACGAUGGUUUCGCCACAGUCGACUGCACCAAACUACCCUGACCACUCUUGGCCAAUAACUCGUGGUAGAAUUCGGCCUUUUCCCUCGAUCGACGCAUGGAGAUUACCACAGUGUUUUACUACAGCGAAAAUCGAAUAACAUAGUUUGCUCCUGUGACAUCAUUGCACACCGGUGUAUCGGUUAGGAGCGUGCUACUUCGGCUUGGCGACGAUCAAUGCUGGAUCCCGUUCACGCCGAUCUUCGUAUCGACCAGAUGACGUCUUGCGUGAUGGAGCACUAUGGUCUCUCUCCUGUGCCGACUGGGCCCAUCUUCAACUGUCCAUAUUGACUUGAUUCUACUUCUGUCUUACCUUUUUUUUUCAAC